AGCAGCUUAUAAACUCGCCUUCUAGGAAAGAUGGAAUCGAUGAAGUUACGGAAACCACACUUAGAAUCUAUGGUUGUGAUCUGAUCCAAGAAAGUGGGAUUUUGCUCAGAUUACCCCAAGCUGUAAUGGCCACUGGUCAAGUACUAUUUCAUCGCUUUUACAGCAAGAAAUCAUUUGCCUGUUUUAAUGUGAAGAGGGUUGCUGCUAGUUGUGUUUGGCUUGCAUCAAAACUUGAAGAAAUCCUGAGAGAAGCAAUGCAUGUGCUUAUUGUUUUCCACAUAAUGGAAUGUAGGAGAGAAAACUUACCUAUAGAGCACCUGGAUCUAACUUCGGAGAUAUAUAUCGAUUUGAAAGCAGACCUAAUCAGAAUAGAGAUGCAUCUCUUAAAAGAGAUUGGUUUCAUCUGCCAUGUCAAGCAUCCUCAUAUAUUUAUAUCAAACUACCUUGCAGCUCUUGAAACAUCUCAAGAAUUGAGACAAGAAGCUUGGAAUCUUGCAAAUGACAGUUUGCGCACGACACUAUGUGUAAGAUUCAAGAGUGAGGUUGUGGCCUGUGGAGUUGUAUAUGCUGCAGCCCGUAGAUUUCGAGUGCCCCUCCCAAAGAAACCUCCUUGGUGGAAAGCAUUUGAUGCAAACAAGGCUGGUAUAGAUGAAGUUUGCAGAGUGCUCACUCAUCUUUACAGUCUUCCUAAAGCACAAUACAUUCCUGUAUGCAAGGAAGGAGGCUCAUUUGCUAUAUUAAACAGAUCAAGGGACUCGCCAUCGCUUCCUCUAUCUAAGGAAGGUUCAGUGAAUGAAGAUACUAGGGAGGCAGUAACAAAAGUUGCCCUUGAUAAGUUGAAGGACUCAAAGAAGAGCGACGAUUACUCCAAAAGCAUGCCUUCAGAAGGGGAGUACUCAAAAGGAGAGCCUAGAAAAACUCUCUACAGAACAGAUGGUGGGGCAGAAAAGAACAAGGAGAGAGAGAGGGACAGGAGCGAGAGAGAGAGGGAUAAGGAAAGACUAAAGUCUCGUGAACGUGAUAGGGGAAGGGAGCGAGACGACUUUGAUAGAGAAAGGGAAAAAUCCAAGAAAAGGAGUUAUCAUUCAAGAGACAAAGGUCACUCAGAGAAACCAAAACAUCACUCUUCUCGAGAUCGUGAUUACCAGUCUUAUUCAUCACAGGAGAAGAAUCGUUGUAGACACCAUUAACUUGGAACGGCCUGGCAAAAUGUUACCGUUUGCCAAAUAUGUUUUUUGUAUCUAUGAUACGUAGCUGCAGCUCUUUGCAUAUAGCUGAGAGUGCCUUCUUGGUGAAACUGCACCUCACCUUGGCGUAUAAACAGGGUCUCUUGUAAUCGAGUCAUUGGUUUUAACGAUUUUUGUUUAGUUCCCUCUGAACAAUUGUCGUCCAAAUGUAUUCGGUCUGCACUAACAUUUACUCUUUAACAUUCAAUUGAUUGUUCUCUAAGACAGAAUUCCUCCUU